ACCGAGAGAAUACAUAUUACAUAUAAAGCUGUAUUAAUUGGUUGCUCACUUAGUUUCUAGCUCCUCUUCUUUCAUUGCAAUGUCUACACCAGCGGAAUACUAUCGAUCGCUGCCACCAGUGAGCAAGACCUAUGGAGUUGCCUGCUUUAUGACUGCAGCUGCCUUGUACUUGCAACUUUAUAAUCCAUGGAACAUUGCGCUUGAUUAUGGCCUCGUCAUAAAACGUUUCCAGGUUUGGAGGCUUAUUACCAGUUUCUUCUUCCUGGGGCCCUUUUCAUUCCCGUUUGCUUUUCGUCUUAUAAUAAUAGCAAGAUAUGGUGUGGGAUUGGAGAGAGGACCGUUUGACAAGAGAACGGCAGACUAUGUUUGGAUGUUGGUAUUUGGUGCCAUUUCACUUCUGGUGAUGGCUGUUGUUCCAUAUUUGUUGUCUCCGUUUAUGGGACCUUCUGUGGUUUUCAUGAUCGUGUAUGUAUGGUCCCGUGAGUUCCCAAAUGCACGUAUCAACAUAUAUGGGCUUGUGUCCUUGAAGGGAUUUUAUCUGCCUUGGGCACUGCUGGGUCUGGAUUUGAUUUUUGGAGAUCCUUUGAAGCCAGACAUUCUAGGGAUGGUUGCAGGACAUCUCUAUUACUUUCUAACCGUACUUCAUCCUCUUGCUGGUGGAAAAUUAAUGCUCAAGACUCCUCUCUGGGUGCACAAAUUGGUAUCCUUCUGGGGUGAGGGAACCCAAAUCAAUUCCCCGGUGGAACGCAAUCCUCACGCCGGAGUUGCGUUCCGGGGAAGAAGCUUCCGACUCAAUGGUCGAACAACCACUCCACAACAAUCAACUCAGGAACCUUUUAAUAAUCAGCAGCAGGCAGCAGCUGGUGGAGUUGCAUUCCGUGGAAGAAGCCAGCGCCUCAACGGUCGUUAAUUACCUAAUCAUCUAGCCAGCGCCUACUCGCAUAUGAUAAAUCAUGUAUUUUCUAAUCAACGUUGUGUACGUACAUUUGCACAUACGAACCCUUUUCUAUUCGGUAUACAUGCAUGGUUACAAUUUACAAACAAAGCUAUGUUCAAAAGACUGGGGGCAUGUGAAAUCCGAAUGCGUUGACCCACGACGACAAGAACUACCAACAAAAAUGAAACAAAUGGAAAAUGACUAUUCCUAUGUUGGCCAUAGCGAAGCUAAUCGACGACAUGCAUUGAAAAGGUUGAACUACCAAGUCAACUUGUCCACAUUGACUUAAUAAAUGUUGUUGUCCCUUUUUCAACUCUACUGUAUACGCGACUUUAUGAAUCAUAUGAUGUGAGGUUGAAAUCCUUUUCUUUAAUAAGAACGCGUUUAUUUGAUUUAGG